GAAAUUUAAUAUAUGAAAUAGACACCACUUAAAAAUAAAAAUGCACAACCUGCUAAAAUCUCUUAAAAAUUAAGGCUCAAAAAAAAACAAAAUAGAUAAACAUUUAUGAGCCACAUUCAUAAAGUCCUAUAAACUAUUCAUCCUUAACUCUCUAUUUCCAAAAAUGCUUUGGAAGUUGUAAAUUAAAUUAUUUUUGAUAUUUUCGAAAAGAUUAUGUAGGAAGUCAGCAUCUUAAUUAAAUUAAAUAACAUCAAAACUCUUCGUGCAAGAGAAAUUCUCACAGCAGUUAGAUUAUUAUUUUCAGGAGAUUUGGCGAGGCAUGCCGUCAGUGAAGGUGUAUUAGCAGUUUAAAGAUAUAGAUACUAUUGA